GUUGUCAACCAAGAUAUCAUCCAAACAUCGCGAUAUUUUCGAAGACUAGCAAGAAACUGAAUUGGUGGAUGUGUGAUAAGUUCUUUAUAACUUUAUGAAGCGUACCUUUACUGGUUAAUUACUAAUUAUAUGAACAUACUAUAUUUGUUUAUACUUAUACUCAUAUAUACACACACGCACACACAUAUAUACAUAGGUUAACAUAGGCUAAUAUCGAUCUACCGCGACUGCUAACUAGCUAGUUAGCUAGCUAGCGGAAGGCUCUAAACUUUGAAACGCAAGAAAACAUGCUGUCGUCUAGACGUGCCAACUUUUCAUAGGUUUAUCAAUAUUUUAACUAUUAGUGUGUUUUCCGACAUUAAUAUUAACAUUGUAGCUUGAACACAACAAGAAAUGUGCCUCUAUCGCGCGUGAGCAUCGUACAACUACAACUCCCAAAAUCCCACUCCCGGAAUGCGAAGCCGUACUGCUACGGGUGCCCGGAUGGCUUGUGACAACAGGCACGGCGCAGACUUGAGCGCUCCAGACAAGCAGCGGCUGCAACUGCAGAGGCGUGCGGCGGGCGCUCGGUCGACUCUUCCCCCGGACCCGCACUGGGGAUCCCUCGCUUGUCAUCCACCGCGGAACAUGUCAGCACCUCUCCCGAGCGGAAGAGCACUAAGAGCGAGCGUUUUCUCCUCAUUCCUCCAUUUCUGUCCGGUUAUUCUUGCGAACCACUCGAGCUGCGGAGAGUGACAGCGCGGACCGCGUUAUGACUCGCGUCCCCGGCUGCAGCAGUCCGGGCAGCGGCUCCUCAUCGACCCUUGAGCGGAGAGCAGCGGUGCUCCGCCGCUGACAGCGACCCCAACUCAGCGCUGGCUGCACGGACCCUCGGUUGUCACCCUCCGUCCCGACCGCCGUUCUGUGCCGCCACAGCUGGCAUGGCCAACAAGAGGAGCAGAGUGGGGAGCGGCGAGAGAAGCGUGCGAGCGGCCCACUGCAGUAUUGAUGACCCAACGAUCCCCUGCAGAACUCAGCCAGGCAGACGGAGCGAGGCUUAACUCCGAAUCCGAGUCACCGGCGAGCGGUCGGCACGGGACAUGAAUGGUUCUUGAAUCUUCUUGAGAAGCUUUAGAGGGCAAGAAAGGAGGAACCCGUUCCCUGCUGUCCUACUGUCUUCACGCCUAACUGCUCAUCCGCCGAGGAAAACGGUUGUGUUGGCGAAAGGGCCUGAGCUCUGCACCACGGGGCUCCCGGCUCCCGCUCGCGAUGACCUGGCGUCGAUGACCGCCGACUUCACGCCCCCCCUCAGCCCCCACGCUGGCUAACGGCCUCCAUCUACAGCGAAGGGGUGGGCCGACCGGUAACGACUGGCGCAGAGGCGCCGGUAAACAUGCAAACGCGCGUAGACGCACAGACGCUUCCUCGCACCGCUUUGGAUUCGUGUGGACCCGCACGCUCGGGUUCCGCCGGGGCCCAGCCUUUGUCAUUAGCGCUUGGCAAUCAUCCCGCUUCCACCGAUCAGGUGGCGGUGCGGACCCUCGCUGCAGAAAUGGACAUACCCUCAAAUAUUUGUCCGGUUCCUGCAAGUCUGAACCAGAACACAGGCGCCACGCCUCUUCUCGUGGAGGCCGAGAGGAAGUACGCGCUCCGCAGCUCCGGACGUUCUCGUUUCCCCUGUCACGUGCGCAAGUCCUCCCGCCUCCGCCGCACCCUCGAGGACGGGGAGAGGAGAGCGGAUAAGGAGCGAGUUGAUGAGGAGGACGUGAAAGCAUCAGAGGAGAAGAUCUGGAGGGUUAAGGAGGAGAAGGGGGAAGCGGUGAUGCCGAAACAGGAACAACCAUCUGUGGAGGCUCCUCCCCCCGCAGCUGUCUGCCCUCCAGACGUUCCUCUUGCUCUGACUGUCCCCAAAGUCGUCCCCAAAGCCGCACCGAAACCAGCACCCAGACUCGGACACAGACCCGGACCUAAAUCUAGGUCGAGGCCCGGGCCCAAGUCAGUCCAGAAACCCGGUCCUAAAAGUGUCAUGAGACGACGUCUGGCGGCAGCACAGCAGGCGGUCGCUCACUGCGGCGCCGCUCAUCUCCCGUCGGCCAUCGUGGCGGCCAGCCCGCCGCCGCACGUGAAGAAGGAGCCCGUCGCGGUGCAGAUUUUGUCCCCCAGCGGCAGGAGGUGUGGACGUUUUGUCGGAGUGAGGAGAAUCGUCGUCAAGGUGGCUCGCAUUCCCGUCAGCCUCGGCCGGCGACAAAAGAGCUACAAGAUUUCCAACGUGGAGACCGUUACGGGAACGGAGAAGAGCAACGACGGGAACGUGGACGGUUCCGAUGUAGCCAAGGAGCCCACGGCGCUGCUCCGCAUGAAGAACAACGGCAAGAGCGUGAUGGUCAUGUUCCCCCCCGGAGAGCUCCCGGUCAUUCUUAAACGCAGGCGGGGGCGCCCGCCCAAACAGGCCAUGCCGGUGGCGGCGGGGGAGCCCCCCAGUGCCUGCGGGAACGGAGACCAGAUCAAGAAGCCCCGGAGGAAGCGGCGGACUAAACUCCCUUGUCCCUAUCCAUCAUACGUGAAUGACACCAAUGAUGUGAAGACCGAGUACGGGGACGUUCUGUCCAAACUGGCCUUUUUGAACCGCCAGCCCCCCACCACGGGGCGAUGCUCCCCUCCUCGCUGCUGGACACCCAGUGAGCCGGAGAGCUUCCACACCCCCUUGGAAAACCCAGGACUGUCCACGCUGCUGCACCGGCUCACUGGCUUUAGGCGGCCUCGGGGCGGCAGAGGGGGCACCGGGAGGGGCGGCGGUGCAGCAGGGGGCGCCGGUGGAAGCGAGCACAAUAAGAGCACCUUCAGUGACUUCUUUGAAUCCAUCGGCAAGAAGCGCAAGCUCAGCCCCCUCUCUGAGCACGGCCUACCCAGGAAGAGGGGCAAGGGAGUCGGGGGUGUCGGUCGAGGAGGUGGGGUGGUGGGAACCGAGCCUGCGGGGGAGAAAACGAUCAGGAAGAGGCGAGUGAGGAAAAACGGCACAUUUAAAGGGGAGGGGGACGGCAUGGGACAGGACUGGCCCAAUGGGUCCGGGGGCUGGGGGGACAAAGCUUUGAGAGGCUAUCAGCUCUGUGGAGCCACAAGGGGGGGCUUCUCCUCCUGCGAGGUCGGAAGGAGAGGCGGCUACGGCCGCUCAGGCGGGGGCAGAGGGGUCGGACCCCCUGGGGAGGACUCACAGGGUCUCUUUGCUGGGUAUUUUCGCUCCCUGUUGGAUUCCGAUGACUCGUCUGAACUUUUGGACAUCUCGCAGUCAAACGCUCGCAAAGCUGCGUCUGCCCCCGGUUACGAACCAUCCAGCCCGGCCCCGGGCCAAAGGUGGUCACCCGCCAUCCCUAAAUGGGGAGCCAACGGGACAAGCUCUGCGGCGGAUGGAUCCGUGCAGACUCACAGUUCCUCUUACGGCUACGGCGGGCAGACGCAAACGUCCCCGACCCCCUCCACCUACCACAAAUCCACCCCUCCGUCUCUCUCCCACUCUCCGAGCUCCCCCCAUCCCGCCAACUACGGCCACUACUCGCCCGCCUACGCCUCCUCUUCUUGCGUCGGGCCCCAAAGGUCCUCAGACUGCAGUUUUUCCUACAGCAAAACCGUGGCCCAGGACCGCGGUCAGAUGGGCUACUCCGGCUACCAGGCAGCAACCAGGAAGGCCUACGGCGGAAGUGCCACGGCGGGGCCCGCAUCACCGGGGGCGGGGUUUAUGUCGGUGGCCAAAGGCAGCCCCUUCGGCUCCUCCUCCUCGCCAGAAUGUUACAAACAGUACAACUGCAAUCAAUGGACCUACAGACAAGGUUGCAGCGGCUGGUCAGCAGACAACUUUGGUCCUCACGCUUACAGUGAAUAUGGCUGCAAUGAAUCAAAGGACAUCUUGGACAUCUCCAACUACACCCCCCAGAAGGCCAAGAGACCCCCUUUCCCAGAGAGCCUAUCCGAAUCCUCCUCGGACUCCUCGCAUCCCGGCUCGGCGGCCGCUGGGAGCGGUCCUCCUUCCUCCAUGGGCGGAGUCUUCAAACAGAUGGAGACCAUGAGUGGAGACGGCGGUCCGUCCAGCCUGUCUAGCCUGGAGAAGCUGAUGAUAGACUGGCAUGAGAGCGCCUCCGGGCCCUCCUAUAGCUGGAGCCAGAAUGUGCUCUUCCAGGGAGGGGGGACAAGCAAGCCGGGCCGCGGUCGCAGGAAACGGACCGAACAAUCAGACAAAGAAGGGGGUUCUGUUUUACACUCAGAUUCCCCGUCCAGUCCCUCUCCGACACCCACUCCUGGACCUAAGCGUGGAGGGGCUGGAGGACGGGGACGAGGGUCCAGAGGAGCCAGAGGCGGGCUGUCCGGGUGUCAGAGAGAGCGUCUUUCGGGAUCCAAAGGCAGGGGAAAAUCUGCUACAGCAGGGGCGGCUCCGGGUCUGGAGGGAUCCGGGCUGUUCCAGGAGGGGCUGGACUAUUACAGCGGGGACAGUAGCAGCCUCUCCCCCUUGGCCACCCCCAACCCCGCACCCCCUUCCAGCUACCUCCAGGACCCCUGCGAGUACCCCUCCCCUUACUCGGCCCACCCCUCCACGCCGUCCUCUGAGGAGCGCUAUCCAGCCUUGUACCCUGGAGAGUCCUCCUCCUCCCUCUCGCCCAGCGUCUCGUCCCCCCCUUACCCCCCCAAAGCCCAGUCCUACCAUCUUGUACCGUCCAGAACCUUCUCCCCCUCGUGCUCCCCUCUACCACGGGUAACACCCCAUUGCAGCUCGGCGAGUCCCUCGCAUCGCCCCCCACCCAAAGAGGCGCAGUUCUCGCAGUACGACUCCCCCAGUUACUGCGGCUCCCCCUACUGGUACGGACAAACGUCACACAGCAGCAGCCCCAGCCCGAGUACGUCCACCCACCCGCACACGAGCCCGCACGCAAACACCCACGGGAAUCUGCUCGCCAGCCCAAACGCACACGUGAACCCGUCCCCCCACGACCCGCAGCAUCACAACGCUCACGUCAGCCUGAGCUCCCACGCCAAAUCCUACCCCGCUAACCCCGCCCACGCCAACAAUCAGCCCCAUCACGCCCACGCCGCGCACUCGCUCUACGAUGACUGCAGUACCGCCGCCGUCCACAAGCAGGAGCUCACCAUGCACGCCAUCGCCACGGGCUCCCGCCAGGGUCUCCUGACGCCCCCGCCCUUGUACACGAAAGCCACCCUGGACCCUUUGCCCCCACAUGAGCAGCCCGGCGGCUACGCCCUGUCCCAGCUCUCCUGUCAAGGGAUGGGACACCGCUACCCCUCGCAGGUGUCUCAGGGAGCAGGAGGGGUUCUGUGCCAGCUUCUGGACCCGGCCCACGAUGACAGCUUUAGCGUGACCAGCCUGUAACAGCAGGUGCGAUCGAUCCAAGCUUUUAACAGAUUUGCAAACGAUUCUUUUUCUCGCUUUUGUACGGUCAACUUUUUUUUUUUUUUUGUGCCAGACUGUGGAAUGAAGGGUGAGAAUUUAGCUGCCGGCUUGGGACAGUAAAGCUUUAAUUCUCCAGCAUUGACAAUCAAAAUCAACAUGCAACACGCCACACACAAGCAUGCACCCUAACACACACACAAAACACGCAUGCAAGUUGGACUCUUAAUCGGGGUGGGGCGGGGCGGGGGCUGAGUCACGCACAGCAGAGCCCUCCCCACACAAACACACACACACAAACACACAUGCAACCCAAAACAACUCUGGUCCUGUGUGGCCCUCUUGCAGUAAAAACAGUCCAGACGCGCUUUAUUUCCGUCUUUUUUUUUUUUUUCUUCUUCUUCCUGUGUCUUUCCUCUUGCCGCUGUGCUCACCUGCACGUCUCUUUUCAACGCAAUCCGCAGCCUCCUCUUGUUGGAAAGGUGGGGGGCGGGGGGGUGGACCAGUUACAAUCCUGCUCUUGAGACACCAGCAUCUGUACAUACGUGCCACUCCAGAUCCAGACCCACUUGGCUCUAAAUGUCACCCAGACGCUACAUCCUGUGUUCUUUGCUGUUGGAACUCCACCAAAAGGACCCCAAAGAGACGUGAGAGUGCUGAAGAGGAGAAUGUUGCUCGCGUGACUGCAAAAGUGUGUGUGUGUGUGUGUGUGUGUGUGUGUGUGUGUGGGGUCAAAAGAGUGGAGCUCAUUCUCUUUCACUCCCUUCUUUUUUUUUUUUCUGUUCUGUGGUCUCGUUGUCGUUUGGUGGUUUCUUUGUGACGCGAAGUUUAAAAAACAAAAAUGUUGUAUAUCUGUCGGUUACAUAUCAUGUAUGUAUGUAUGUACGUAUGUAUGUAUGUAUCCCAGGUGCAAAAUAUUUAAAUACACAUUCUGUUCUUGCCAUUGGUAACGCCGUCUCUAGUUUAAUUCUCCUCCUCCGACGACGACGACGAGGGAUUAUGAUGUGUGUGUGUGUGUGUGUGUGCAUGCACAUGUGUGUGUGCAUGAGCAAGCGAGCGUGCUGGGCUUUUUCACUCAGGCUGUCUGGGACUGAGAACCAGAGUUCAGGCGAGGACACAA